CACUGGAUGAUGUUUUCUUAGUUGCUUUGGUUCCAAAAGCUUUCAACGAGCUUUCAACCCCAAUACAGCCUUAACUCCAAGAGUUUUCGAAGUUGUGGGCUGCCAGUAUAUUCUUAUAUACUGAUUGUCAAGGCUAACAACCUCAUGCUACUUUCCGACGACAACCGAUUCAAUGGAAUGGAUUCAGCCCCUGUCACCCUGCACAACAAGCACGCAUUAGUUCCAUCUUUCCUAGCCUCCAAGGGCUUGGUGAAACUUCACAUCGAUUCGUACAACCAUUUUAUAGAAACAGAAAUUAAGAAUAUUGUUCGAGCGAACAAUCGUGUCAGUGUUCCUGAAGCCAACUGGUGGCUCGAAUACAACGACGUAUACGUGCGAUCACCGACCGUCAAUGAUGGGGGUGUUGUCGCAAGUCGAGUGACACCGCAUGACUGCCGACUACGGGACCUCACAUACGCCGGAGAAAUUUUAGUUGAUGUAACGUUUAUGCGCCAGAACGAGAUUGUUUCCAAAAAAGGGGUUCUGAUUGGCCGGAUGCCUGUGAUGCUGAAAAGCUCGGUUUGUAUUCUCAAUGGCAAAACGCCAUCUGAACUUAUGCGUUUGAAAGAAUGUCCGCUGGAUCCCGGAGGGUAUUUCAUCAUAGGUGGUACGGAGAAGGUGAUUCUCAUGCAAGAACAAAUGUCAAAAAAUCGUUUGAUCGUCGAAGAGGACAGCAAACGUGGUCUUGUGUGUUCUGUCACCUCGUCUUCGGCUCAAACCAAAUCGAAAACGAAUAUCAUCAUGAAAGACGACAAAUUCUUUUUGGCACAUAAUUCGUUUACGGUUGAUGUUCCCGUGGCUAUACUUUUCAAAGCGAUGGGGAUCACGUCUGACCAGGAAAUUCUGCACUAUAUUGGCACUGAAGAGUCCAUAUGGGCCAAUUUCGUACCCAGUUUGAAGCAGUGUCUGGAGAGCAGUGUGCACACUAGACUGGAUGCUUGUCGAUGGUUACAGUCUCGUUUGCAGCAGCGACGCUUUCGUCCAGGGCUUACCUCGGGAAAGCCCACCAGACCGGAUGGUCCUGUAUCGGAAGAAGAUGUGGUACUUGAGAUGCAACGUUUCAUUCGUGACAUAAUCAUUACGCAUGUGGAAAUGGAGAAAUUCAACUUCGCACCUAGGGCACUAUUUCUCGGACAGAUGGUUCGGUAUUUGAUUUUGGCUAACGAACAUCAAAUCCCGCCAGAUGACCGGGACUUUUAUGGCAACAAACGCAUCGAGUUGGCUGGUAGCUUACUCGCACUUCUAUUUGAAGACGUAUUCAAAACGUUUAACGAGGAUAUGUGGUUGACAGUGUCUAAGAUUGAUACGAAACGUCGCUGCACACCAUUUGAUAUCUCUCGUCACAUAAAAACUUGGAUGAUCACAGAACAGCUCAAUCGUGCAAUAUCCUCUGGCAACUGGAUCAUCAAACGUUUUCGGAUGAUGCGACAUGGUGUUACCCAAAUAGUCAGCCGCUUGUCUUAUGUGGCUGCUUUGGGGCACAUGACGCGAUUGACCAGCACAUUCGAGAAGACGCGUAAGGUUUCCGGCCCCCGUUCAAUUCACGCGAGCCAAUGGGGAUUUGUGUGUCCGUCAGAUACUCCUGAAGGUGAAGCAUGCGGUCUGGUGAAAAAUGUCGCUCUAAUGUGUCAUGUCACCGUGGAGAUGGACGAUACUGAACUUAUUCGCUUGCUUAGCAGCUAUUACGUGAUGCCCCUUCACCAGUUUCUGUAUGGGAGGACAGAAUUUAUUAUAUAUGUGAAUGGAAAGCCCAUAGGAUUUACAGAACAACCUGGCAAGCUGGCGGCUCUGAUACGUGGUUUGCGUCGUUCCGGACGAAUAGACUGCUUCGUGUCGGUUCACAUCAAACAAGCGCACCGUUGCGUUCAUGUGGUCAGUGAUGGAGGUCGUCUAUGUAGACCUUAUAUCGUCGUGGCUAACAAUCGUCCACUCGUUACGCAAGCCAUGUUGGAAGAUUUGGUGCAUAACGUCUUGAGCUGGGAUGACUUUCUAAAAAAGGGCGUUAUCGAGUAUCUGGAUGCCAACGAACUGAAUGACUGCCUUGUUGCCAUGGACGAGUCCUACCUAAGCGAUGGUAACAAGUACACACACAUGGAAAUCGAUCCUGCAACGAUUUUGGGCGUUGUGGCCGGGCUUAUUCCCUACCCAGACCAUAAUCAAUCUCCUCGAAACACCUACCAAUGCGCUAUGGGUAAACAAGCCAUCGGAACGGUAGCGUUGAACCAACAAAUUCGCUUCGACACACUGCAGUAUCAGAUGGUCUAUCCACAAAAGCCGCUGGUACAGUCGAAGACAAUUCAAAUGAUGCACUUUGAUGAGCUACCAGCUGGACAGAAUGCGAUUGUGGCCAUUAUGUCCUACUCAGGAUAUGAUGUUGAAGAUGCACUCAUUGUUAACCGGGCUUCUCUGGACCGUGGCUUUGCUCGUGCUUGUGUCUACCGACGUGCCGGAGUGCACUUAAAGAUGCAUGAGAAUGCCGUUUACGACCGUCUGAUGGGGCCCAGUGUCGACCGAGGUCUGCCACGACGGGGCGAUGAACUUCUACAAGCGGACGGCACAGCCUUUGUUGGUGCACGCGCAUCCGACCGCCAGAUUUUGAUAAAUAAGGAAAUGCCUGUGGUCAAAGUAAAUGCUGCACAGGACAACGCCGGUCAGCUCGGUCUGCACGGUGGGACUCAUGAAUCAAUGACGGAAUUUCGACGCUGUCCAGCUGAUUACAAAGGAAUCGAACCAUCCUAUGUGGAGAAGGUUAUGUUUUCGACGUCCGAAGGAAACCAGGCAGUGGUCAAAGUCCUCCUCCGGCAGACACGCCGCCCGGAGAUUGGUGAUAAAUUUUCUAGUCGCCACGGACAGAAGGGCGUUGUAGGUCUGAUUGUCCGGCAGGAGGAUAUGCCUUUCUCAAUGCAUGGUCUUGUUCCCGAUGUGAUAAUGAACCCUCACGGAUUUCCGAGUCGCAUGACGGUCGGUAAGCUUCUGGAGCUUCUCGGCAGUAAGGCCGGUGCAAUUGAGGGACGUAUUCGUGAUGGGUCGGCGUUUUCCGGAGAUUCCGCGGAGUCCCUAUCUCGCGUACUAAUCGAACAUGGUCAUCACUAUCUAGGGAAAGAGGUACUGUAUUCUGGUGUCACCGGUGCCCCGUUGGAGGCCUAUAUUUACUUUGGUCCAGUGUACUACCAGCGACUGAAGCACAUGGUUAUGGACAAGGUGCAUGCUAGAUCCCGUGGUCCAGUGACUGCCCUUACUCGCCAGCCAACCGAAGGCCGAAGCCGUGAAGGUGGUUUGCGAAUUGGUGAGAUGGAACGUGACUGCUUCAUCGCCUAUGGAACUUCCCAACUCCUUGUCGAACGUCUGCUAACCUCCAGUGAUGUGUACGACGCCUGUGUUUGUGAGAAAUGUGGACUACUAGCCACCUCGCGUGUUUGGUGCCAGUAUUGUCGAAGCAGCCGGCAAGUCGUGACGGUUCGCAUGCCAUAUGCCUGUAAAUUACUCUUUCAAGAAUUGAUGUGCAUGCGAAUCUUGCCACGCUUGUCUCUAGGUCACACCUACCGAGAUCGGCAUUGAUCGUGAUGUAUCUCUGUAUAUUUGAAUACCACCU